CCUUCACGCAGGUUAAAAGCUGUUAGGAGUGGAAAAACGGUGCUUUUUGUUUUAUCCUUCUUAGAAGGCACUCUUUCAGUUGAUGAAAUGAUCUCACAUCCCUAUGAGACGCGAUCUGAUAGUUUCUAUUUCGUAAACGACCGAUUAGUGAUGCACAACAAGGCCGAUUACGCUUACGAUGCAAAAAGUUGA